AGCAUUUAUUCUCGUUUCUUUUCUAAUAUUCAAAAGCACGGACUAAAACUAGUAAAAUUCACUAUUUAGUCCGUGCUUAAAAGCCAAAGUCCGACCAAAAUUUGGAUUUAUCUUUGCAUAAUUUAUUAAAGUUUUGGCUGUAUACAUUGAGUUAAUUCAACAUUUACAACUUUUUUCUAACUAGCUACUAGUAUGAAUGACAAAUUAGAAAAUGAAGAAUCUAUUGUAUUGAAAUUUGUUCAAGAUUUUUUCGUAAGCUACGACAUAAAUCGUCAUAUCCUCCAUACAUUUUUUCCAGAAGAUGGUACAUUCAUUGUGCUUGGCAACCGUAUGUCUGGCCAUUCAGCCAUUCAACAAGCUAUGUUAACAAUGGCUACAACAACUCAUCAACUAUUCAGUAUUGAUAUUGUAAGUCUUAACAUGCCGCUGCCAGAACAAGUAUCUAUGUAUCAAGUACUAUGCGCUGGUAAUGUUGAGUUUGGAGGUGAUGCACAAAUACAUGGAUUUACUGCUACUCUUUUAGUAUAUUUUUUGAGGCCCAAUGUUUUGAAUGUCGUAUCAUUUAAUGAACGAUGCCAGUGGCCUAAAUUGUCCUAAUAUUUAAAUAAACAAUUUUAUAAAAUACCAAAAAAGUGCAAACAAAUGUUUUUUAUUUCAUACUCUAAAUGACUAUUUUGUUUUAUAAAAAAAAAAAAAA